AUGGUUCCCUCUGUGAGAGUUGUUCCCAAUGCUGCUAAGCGAGCCACCAGCUUGCUACGCACUAUUCAGUAUACACAUCCACCUUCAUGUCCUUGUCACUCAAACCCUGGAUACCAUCAAACGCCAACUUUCACCCCAUCAAAGCAUGCUCACCAGCGCAAGUAUGCCACUCCAACUACACACCCAGGCCAGAAGGAGUACGCCUUUGAAAUGGCUGCUUCAUCCAUCAGGUUUGGUCCUGGUGUUACGCAGGAAGUGGGCAUGGACCUAAAGAACAUGGGAGCUCAGAGGGUUUGCGUCGUGACUGAUGAAACCGUCAACAAGUUGGAUGCCAUGAGACAAGUCCGUGAAUCUCUCACUCGGGAGGGCAUUCCUUUUGAAGUGUAUUCCAAGGUUCGUGUUGAGCCAAAGGAUAGCUCCAUCAAAGAAGCCAUUGCCUGGGCCCGCCCCUAUGCACCAGAUGCCUUCCUGGCCGUGGGAGGUGGUUCAGUCAUGGACACAGCCAAACUUAUGAACCUCUACACAGCGUACCCUGACGCUGACUUCCUGGACUUUGUCAACGCUCCUCUAGGCAAGGGCCGUCCCGUAGAUAAGAAGCUAACACCUCUCAUCGCCGUUCCUACAACAGCCGGCACCGGCAGUGAGACAACGGGAACCGCUAUCUUUGACCUUGUAUCUAAGCGAGCCAAGACCGGAGUCGCCCAUCGAAACCUCAAGCCUACACUUGGUAUCUGCGACCCCCUCAACACCAGGACCAUGCCUGCCGCUGUCAAGGCCGCUUCGGGCCUCGAUGUUCUUUGCCACUCGCUUGAGUCCUGGACCGCCAUUCCGUACAACGAACGAACACCCAGACCAACAAACCCCAUCCUUCGUCCGGCAUACCAAGGCGCCAACCCAAUUUCCGAUGUCUUCUCAUUUCAUGCGCUUCGUGAUACCAUCAAGUACCUCCCUCGAUCAGUGAAAAACCCUGACGACCUUGAGGCCCAAUCCAAGAUGCUUCUGGCUUCCACGCUGGCCGGCGUUGGGUUCGGUAAUGCCGGAGUUCAUCUCUGCCAUGGCAUGUCGUACCCCAUUUCUGGCCAGAACCCAGGCUACAGUCACGAUGGCUACGAGGUAGCUUCGCCGCUCAUUCCCCACGGUGUCUCUGUGGCCGUCUCCGCUCCGGCUGUCUUUCGGUUCACCGCCGCUUCAAACCCAGACCGUCAUCUGGCAGCGGCCGAGGCCUUUGGUGUAGAUAUCAGCAACGUGAAGCGAGAGAGCGCAGGCGAAGUUCUCGCUGAGGCCCUCACAAAGUUUUUGGCAGAGUUGGGUGACCAGCCCAAGGGUCUGAAGGACCUGGGCUUUGGCACGGAACACAUUGAGGCCCUUGUGGAGGGUACCAUUCCGCAGGCACGUGUGUUGAUGCUGGCACCAGGAUUGUCUACAGAACUGGAAGCGGAGAAGGAUCAGUUACGAAGACUGUUUGAGAACGCCAUGACACAUUGA